AACUGAUUGGGAGGUAGCUAUUAAAAGUAUUAAUAAAAAGAACUUGUCAAAAUCACAAAUACUGCUUGGGAAGGAAAUUAAAAUCUUAAAGGAACUUCAGCAUGAAAACAUUGUAGCGCUCUAUGAUGUUCAGGAAUUACCCAACUCUGUCUUUCUGGUGAUGGAGUAUUGCAAUGGUGGAGACCUGGCAGAUUAUUUGCAAGCUAAAGGCACUCUCAGUGAAGACACCAUCAGAGUCUUUCUGCAUCAGAUUGCAGCCGCCAUGCGGAUCCUGCACACCAAGGGGAUCAUCCACAGGGAUCUCAAGCCCCAGAACAUCCUGCUGUCCUAUGCCAAUCGUAGGAAGUCCACUGUCAGUGGUAUUCGCAUCAAAAUAGCGGAUUUUGGUUUUGCUCGUUACCUACAUAGUAACAUGAUGGCUGCAACGCUGUGUGGGUCUCCAAUGUACAUGGCUCCUGAGGUUAUUAUGUCUCAACAUUAUGAUGCCAAGGCCGACCUGUGGAGCAUAGGGACAGUGAUAUAUCAGUGCCUUGUUGGAAAACCACCUUUUCAGGCUAAUAGUCCUCAAGACCUAAGGAUGCUUUAUGAGAAAAACAGAAACUUAACGCCUAGCAUUCCCAGAGAAACAUCACCUUAUUUGGCUAAUCUCCUUUUGGGUUUGCUUCAGAGAAACCAAAAAGAUAGAAUGGACUUUGAAGCAUUUUUUAGCCAUCCUUUCCUUGAGCAAGUUCCAGUAAAAAAAUCCUGUCCGGUCCCGGUGCCCGUGUACGCCGGCUCCGCCUCUGAAGUUCCCUGUAGCAGCUCUCCAUCCUGUCGCUUCGCCUCUCCACCUUCCCUUCCAGAUGUGCAGCAUAUUCAGGAAGAAAGCUUACCCUCCCCACCGUUGGGUCCUCCCAGCUCCCUCCAGGUGUCCAAAGAUUCCGCCAGUACUAGUAGCAAGAACUCUUCUUGUGACACGGAUGACUUUGUUUUGGUUCCACACAACACCUCGUCAGACCACUCAUAUGAUAUGCCGAUGGGUACUGCUGGCAGACGUGCUUCUAAUGAGUUCUUGGUGUGUGGAGGGCAGUGUCAGCCCACUGUGUCCCCUCACAGUGCAGCCACCCCCAUUCCCGUCCCUACUCAGAUAAGGAACUACCAGCGCAUAGAGCAGAACCUCACCUCCACUGCCAGCUCUGGCACAAGUCCGCAUGGCUCUCCAAGAUCUGCGGUGGUACGAAGGUCUAACACCAGCCCCAUGGGCUUCCCCCGGCUGGGAUCCUGCUCGCCGGUGCCGGUGGACGCAGUACAGGCGGUCGGACGAAGACUCUCCACGGGGUCUUCCAGGCCUUACUCACCUUCCCCUUCGGUUGGCACCAUUCCUGAGCAGUUUAGUCAGUGCUGCUGUGGGCAUCCUCAGGGCCAGGAAUCCAGGAGCAGGAACUGGUCAGGCUCUCCCGUGCCGCAGCCUCCACCGCCACAGCCACUCUUGUUGGGUGCUAGACUGCAGAGCGCCUCCACCCUCACCGACAUCUACCAGAGCAAGCAGACGCUCAGAAAGCAGCACUCGGACCCCGUGUGCCCGUCCCACACCGGGGCUGGGUGCAGCUGCUCCCCCCAGCCCAGUCGGCCCGGCAGCCUUGGGACCUCUCCCACCAAGCACGUGGGGUCCUCCCCGCGGAGUUCCGACUGGUUCUUCAAAACUCCAUUACCAACAAUCAUUGGCUCCCCUACUAAGACCACGGCUCCUUUCAAAAUCCCGAAAACGCAAGCGUCUUCCAACCUGCCAGCCUUGGCCACUCGCCGCGGGCCUUCUGAGGGGCAGUCGAAAGAUGGGAGUGACCCACGGGGAUGCUCUCACUGUCUCUCAGUACAAGGAGGGGAGAGGCAGAAGUCCGAGCAGCAGGUCAGGGCAGCAUUUGGCAGAUCUGUCAGUACUGGGAAAUUAGCAGAUCAACCAGUAAAAACACCUUUAGGUGGACAUCAGGGCAGCACGGACAGUUUAAAUACAGAACGUCCAAUGGAUACAGCCCCUGCAGGAGCCUGUGGUGUUGCACGGGCUCCUUCUGUGGGAACAGCAGCGAGUCCCAGGGCUGUGCUGUUCACGGUAGGGUCUCCUCCACACAGGGCUGCGACCCCUGCUUGUACCCACAUAGUCCUUCGGACAAGAACCACCUCAGGGGGCUCCAGCGGCUCCGGAGGCUCCCUGGGCUCCGCCGGGGGCCGUGUGUCUGGGGGCUCCCCGCCUGGGCUGUGCUCGGGGUCUCCCCCUCUGGGAGCAGAGGCAGCUCCCAGCCUGAGACACGCGCCUUGUGGUGCUUCACCCCCCAGCCUGGAGGGGCUCGUCGCCUUUGAAGCCCCUGAACUGCCCGAGGAGACGCUGAUGGAGCGAGAGCACACAGACACCUUCCGCCACCUGAACGCAAUGCUGUUGUUCACGGAGUGUGUGCUGGACCUGACGGCCGUGCGCGGGGGAGACCCGGGGCUCUGCGCGUCCGCGGUCUCCUUGUACCAGAUCCAGGAGAGCGCGGUGGUGGACCAGAUCAGCCAGCUGAGCAAAGACUGGGGGCGGGUGGAGCAGCUGGUGUUAUACAUGAAGGCCGCACAGCUGCUGGCAGCCUCUCUGCAUCUCGCCAAAGAGCAGAUCAAGUCCGGGAAGCUGAGCCCGUCCACGGGUGUGAAACAAGUUGUCAAAAAUCUGAAUGAACGAUAUAAAUUCUGCAUCAGCAUGUGCAAGAAACUUACAGAAAAGCUGAAUCGCUUCUUCUCUGACAAACAGAGAUUUAUUGAUGAAAUCAACAGUGUAACAGCAGAGAAACUCAUCUAUAAUUGUGCUGUAGAAAUGGUUCAGGCUGCAGCCCUGGAUGAGAUGUUCCAGCAGACUGAAGAUAUUGUUUAUCGCUAUCAUAAGGCGGCCCUUCUUUUGGAAGGCUUAACUAAGAUUCUCCAGGACCCGGCAGAUAUUGAAAAUGUACACAAAUAUAAAUCUCGUAUUGAAAGGAGAUUGUCGGCACUCUGCUACAGCACCUCGACCUUGUGAGCAGCAGCAGGCCUGCCCCCAGGACUAGUGGUGGGUGUGAGGCGAUGCCUUUGGGAGCACAGCUUGGAUCCUGUCGCCCCACCCCCAGGAAACUGUAGGUUCCUACACGGUGACCACCAAAGAGCAAGCAGUGAUUU